AUGGUUCCAAUCGUCAACGAAGUCUCCGCCGUCCAAUCCGCAAUCCUCUUCAUCCCCUUCAUGCUCAGCGUCGUCGGCGGCUUCAUGCUCGCCGGCUUCGGAACCGCCAUAACAGGAUACUACACACCAUUCGUCUACGCAGCUUCAAUCCUCAUGUCCCUAGGGACCGGUCUCCUAACAACCGUCCAUCCCCAUCAAACCACACGCGCAAAAUGGGUCGGAUUCCAGAUCCUCUGCGGAGCUGGGAUUGAAGAUGACGUUGCAACUGGGAUUGGUCUUAUUUUGUUUGCCCAGACGUUUGGAGGAGCGUUGUUUGUUUCUGUUGCGCAGGCGGUUUUCUUGCAGAGUAUUGGGAAAGCGUUGAAGGCGCUGGCGCCGGGUUUGGAUGCUGAGUCUGUUUUGGAUGGACAGGCGAGGGAAACACCGGAGUUACAAGCUGUUUAUGCUGUGGCGAUUAAAGAUGCUCUUCGUGUCGGACUUGUACUAGCAACAGUCUCGAGUCUAGGUGCAGUGUUGUACGAUUGGAAAAGUCUGAAGAAUAAGAGCGAUGAUGGAAACGGGGAACAGAGCAGGGGCAAUGUUCUGGAACAUGGAGUAGAGGGUCAGACGGAGGAUAAAGAUUGA